CCAAACAACCGGAUGUUGAUAUGUUGCUAACCAGUUUGCUAGCUUACGCUAGCUGCUAACCAAGUUGUAAAGUUGCGACGUUAUUAUUAUUGACCGGCUAAAUCUGGAAGAAACGAUGCGGGACAACGAGUGUUUGCACAUGAACAUCGACUUGUGUCACUUAACGUUCAAUUACAAACAACCGUGAAUGAAUUUUGAGAGGCGCGCAGUUAGCGGAGCUUUAGCUAACCAGCAGCAGAGGUCGCAGGGAACGUGGAAGCCCCGUCCAUCGAUCCAGGCGCCGGUGGGACUCUUGUGUUUUCCACGCCUCCUACUUUUUCACCCCCACUGUGGUGAAUCUCCGGCUCUCUCACACACACACACACACACACACACUUUGCCAGACUUCCAGGAGUUGGAGCGACGGGUCGAAGACGGAACACAGGCAACGUUUUAAACGGCAACAACCCCACGUAUCCUCCCUUCCCUCUUUUACGCAUGGAUCUGUUUCCUUCUGUUGGCGGAUUUCGAGGAGGCGCGAUGGUUUGCGCCGCUGGAAACGUUGGAGCCUCGCACCGGAGCGAACGAGCACACGUCCCCUGCGCUGCAAAGUUGUAGAAGUAGCCCCCCCCCUAGAAGUUGUUCUUCUUCUCUCGCUCCUUCUCCGCCGCCGGAUCAGACUCCGCGCUCUCGCCCGGGAGCCGCACACAAGCCACCUCAUGGCGAGGCGGGCGGCGGGGGGGUCCGCGGUCUCUCUGCGGCACCGGGCGCCUCGGUUUCACGGGGGCUCGUCGUCGCUGUCGUGGGGCUUCGUUUUAAUCUGCUCCGCGCUCUCGUGUGGAUACUGCGGAGCGGAGACGGAGUUCUCCAUCCUGGAGGAAGCGCAAGUUCUGGCCGAGCAAAUGAAGAAGCUGUCCUCGCAGGAGCUGGGAGUCUUCACCAUGCAGAGGAUUUUCAACUCGUUUGUGUACACCGAGAAGACAUCAAACGGAGAGACGGAAGUGCAGCAGCUGGCCAAGAAGAUACGGGAGAAGUUUAACCGCUACCUGGACGUGGUGAACCGGAACAAGCAGGUGGUGGAGGCCUCGUACACGGCCCACCUCACAUCCCCACUCACCGCGAUACAGGACUGCUGCUCCAUACCGGCGUCCAUGAUGGAGUUUGACGGAAACUUCAACACCAACGUCUCCAAGACCAUCUGCUGCGAUAGACUUUCCCCCACUGUCAACAGUCGAGCGUUCAACCCCGGACGAGACCUCAACUCAGUGUUGGCCGACAACCUGAAGUCCAACCCGGGGAUUAAGUGGCAGUACUUCAGCUCAGAGGAGGGCAUCUUCACCGUCUUCCCUGCCCAUAAGUUCCAAUGUAAAGGCAGCUACGAGCACCGCAGCAGGCCUGUAUACGUGUCCGCUGUGCGUCCCCAGUCCAAACACAUCGUGGUGAUGGUCGACCAUGGAGCGUCUGUGACUGAGACGCAGCUCCAGAUUGCCAGGGACUCUGCACUUGUCAUCCUCAACGCCAUAGAUGAGCACGACAAGAUCUCCAUCCUGUCGGUGGCCGACACGGUUCGUUCCUGUUCUCUGGACCAGUGCUACAAGAGUCUUCUCUCUCCAGCCACCAGUGAGACCAAGAGGAAGAUGAGCACCUUCAUCUCCAACAUCAAGGCUUCAGACGCAGCCACGCACCACGCAGCGGGCUUCCAGAAGGCGUUUCAGCUGAUCCGGAACACCACCAGCCUCAGCAAGCAGAGCACCACGACAGACAUGGUAAUCAUCUACCUGUCGUCUGGUAUCACGUCUCGGGAGUCGUCGGAGCAGGAGAAGAGGGCGACGCUCAGUGUGGUGAGAGAGGAGAACCGACACCUCAACAACUCGGUCAUGAUCCUCACCUACGCCCUCAUGAACGAGGGAGUAACUGGCCUGAAGGAGUUGGCCUUCCUGAGGGACCUCGCAGAGCAGAACUCGGUGAAGUACGGCGUGGACCGGACGGCCGACAGAGACCGCUCCUCCAUGUUGUCGCCGUCCGGGUCUUCGUCGGGGGCGUCUGUGUUGCCGGUGGUGAAGGGCAGCAUGAUGGUGCUGAACCAGCUGAGCAACCUGGAGACAACCGUGGGCCGAUUCUACAUCAACCUCCCCAAUCGCAUGAUCGACCUGGCCGGCUUCAGCCUGCCCUACUCUGACCCCAUGGGAGACGGGUUCAUCAUGACCGCGAGCCGGCCGUGUUACUUUGGCAACCUGCUGCUCGGCGUGGUCGGGGUGGACGUGAACCUGGCCUACAUCUUGGAGGAUGUCACCUACUACCAGGACUCGCUGGCUUCAUACACCUUCCUCAUCGACAACAAAGGUUACACCCUGAUGCACCCGUCGCUGACGCGGCCCUACCUGAUGACGGAGCCUCCCUUGCACACAGACAUCAUCCACUAUGAGAAUAUCCCAGGAUUCCCUGCUGUGCGACAGAAUAUCCUCAGCCUUCCUCUCGGCAGUCAGGUCAUUGCUGUUCCAGUCAACUCCUCCCUGUCCUGGCACACGAACCGACUCAGGGACAACAGCAAAGACGCGUACAACGUCAGCUACGCCUGGAAGCUGGUUCAGGACACGUCGUUCAUCCUGUGCAUUGUGUACGUGCAGCCUGAGAUCCCAGUGAGGCAGCUGAAGAACCUGAACACGGCUCCCAGCUCGAAGCUGCUCUACCACCGCUUAGACCUGCUGGGUCAGCCCAGUUCCUGCCUGCACUUCAAACAACUCGCCACUGUCGAAUCCCCCACUGUGAUGUUGGCUGCUGGUAGUUUCUCCUCUCCCUAUGAGCACCUCAGUCAGCCGGAGACAAAGCGCAUGGUGGAGCACUACACCGCUUACCUGAGUGAUAACACCAGGCUCAUAGCCAACCCAGGCCUCAAGUCCUCUGUCAGGAACGAGGUUAUGGCGACCAGUCACGUCACGGAUGAGUGGAUGACACUAAUGGAAAUGAGUAGCCUCAACUGCUACAUUGUGCGCCGUUACAUAGCAACCCCCAGCGGGGUGCUGCGGAUUUACCCGGGAUCACUGAUGGACAAAGCCUUCGACCCGACCCGUAGACAAUGGUACCAGCACGCUGUGGCGAACCCCGGCCUCAUCACCUUCACGGGGCCUUAUCUGGACGUGGGCGGGGCAGGAUACGUUGUCACCAUCAGCCACACCAUCCACGCGUCGAGUUCUCAGACGGCCCCUGGCUACGCAGUCGCAGUGAUGGGCAUCGACUUCACCCUUCGCUACUUCUACAAGGUCUUGCUCGACCUGCUGCCCAUCUGCAACCAGGACAAAGGCAACAAGAUCAGGUGUUUCAUAAUGGAGGACAGAGGUUACCUGGUAGCACACCCUACCCUCAUCGACCCCAAAGGUCACGCCCCUGCAGAGCAACAGCACAUCACGCACAAGGAGCCUCUCGUGGCUAAUGACAUCCUCAACCAUCCCUAUUUUGUGAAGAAGAACCUGUGUAACAGCUUCAGCGACCGCACCGUGCAGCGCUUCUACAAGUUCAACACCAGCAUCUUGGGGGACCUCACCAACCUGGUCCACGGUAGCCACUGUUCCAAGUACCGCCUGACCCGAAUCCCCGGUACCAACGCCUUCGCCGGCAUCGUCAACGAGACGUGCGACUCUCUGGCCUUCUGCGCCUGCAGCACCGUGGACCGGCUCUGCCUCAACUGCCACAGAAUGGAGCAGAACGAGUGCGAGUGUCCAUGUGAGUGCCCUCUAGAGGUCAACGAGUGCACAGGCAACCUCACCAACGCUGAAAACCGGAACCCCAGCUGUGAGGUCCACCAUGAGCCGGUCAGUCUGAACGUGAUCGAUCCUAGUCUGCACGAUACGCUGCCCCAGUGUGUCAACACCCGCUGCAGCCAGAGAUACACCAGCAGUGACUGUUUUGGCGUGUUGGACUGCGAGUGGUGCAUGGUGGACAGUGAUGGCAAGACUCACCUGGACAAGCCCUACUGUGCCCUGCAGAAGGAGUGUUUCGGAGGCAUCGUCGGCGCCAAGAGUCCCUAUGCGGAUGGCCUGGGGCUCCUUGACGAGGAAGUGGCGUCUCUGAACAUGAUCAAGAGCGCCCCUGUGGGUCCAGUGGCCGGGGGCAUUAUGGGAUGUAUCAUGGUGCUGGUGCUGGCUGUGUACGCAUACAGACACCAGAUCCACAGGCGCUCACACCAGCACAUGUCACCGCUGGCAGCACAAGAAAUGUCGGUGAGGAUGUCCAACCUGGAUAAUGAAAGAGACGAGAGGGACGAGGACAGCCACGAGGACAGAGGAAUCAUCAGUAAUACUAGAUUUAUAGCUGCGGUGAUCGAGAGACACACGCACACUCCGGAGCGGAGGCGGCGGUACUGGGGACGAUCGGGCACGGAGAGUGACCAUGGCUACAGCACCAUGAGUCCGCAGGAGGACAGCGAGAAUCCGCCGGGGAACAACGACCCGCUGUCGGCCGGCGUGGACGUCGGUAACCACGACGACGACCUGGACCUGGACACGCCCCCGCAAACGGCUGCGCUGCUCAGCCACAAGUUCCACCCGUACCGGCACGCGCACACGCACCACCACCCGCUGCACACGCACCACCUGCAGGCGGCGGUCACCGUGCACAGUGUGGACGCAGAGUGCUGAUCCUCAGCGUGGCAUUGCCCCCUCCUGCCGGGGAUGGAACUCCUUUUUCCUUAUUAAUGACUUUGUUUCUUGGAAAAAGAAAAAAACCUUUUUGCUUGGUUACACGGUGGGUACUGUCAGGAGGGAACGGAGGGAGAGUGAUGCCACAGCUGGACUCAAACCCACGGUGCCACUGAGCUGCAGAGACUUCCACUUCUGCUCAAUAUGGGUAUUUAGCCUCAUGGUGUAAUUGUGCCAACAUCUCAGCCCCCUUUUUUUUUCUCUGACCCAUAUCUAACAUCUGGGAAGUGUACACAGUUUUUACAAACGCUGACCAGACCUGGGCCAGUAGAAAUAACAAAACGGGACAUUUUUUUCUUUGUUUUCUAAAGAAAUCUGGCAUUAAGGACCCUGCGAGUGCAUUCAACAACUUCUGGGAGCGAGCACAACGCUGUUUGAGCUCAUUCAUCGGCCUCCGAUGAGGAGAGGGCACUCAACUUGAACGUAAAAGCCUUUAAAUUGGACAGAAAUUCUGCGUUUUCACACGGAAGGCCGGAGCAAACACAAAUGGAUCAGUGGACAAUCCGAUUAUAGGUCGAGCCGGAUGUGCACCACCGUUGCUCCAUCCCACAUUAUGGAUUGUGUUACAUCUUCACUCUCCUUGAGUUCUGCAGAUGAACACUCACAACUGUUUGCCUUUAGGCUGCUGAUCUUUUAUAUAAAGUGGUUUUUGGGAAGAUAUUUGAAACAUUUUCAUGAAUGUCUGUGAACUUAAAAGUAGGCACAAGAAAAGAAAAAAUCCUCACUGCUUCAAGUAGAUACAGGAGAAAAAAGAAGACGUUAUUUUUCUACUAUUUAUUAAAGAGGUAGAUUUUCAGGAGAGAUGAGCUAGCAGCCGCCGCUAACACAAACAGGUCAGGAUAAGUGAUAUGUACUUCCUGUAACCAGUGCAUCUUAGUUAGGGCUCAUUAUUUUGAAUAUUAAUAAUACAUCAGACCACGUGAGAGCUGGACAUUUUCUUAUUUUUCAUAACAUUGUCUACAUUUCCCUUCCUUUUUUCUUUCCACCUUCUCCACCCGCUGAAGCAUCUUCUCCACUGGAGGAUCCUGUUUACUACAUCGUCACAUGAACGUGUCCUCUGUACGUGAGGAAAUAUUUCUGGAUGUAUGAUCUGAGUCAAAAUCAAUGAGCCUUAAAACCACUUCCUGUUUCGGAGCAUUUGGGAGGAAGGCGGUCUUUGGGAUGUGGAACAUUUUCCUUCUGUGUUUCUGCGUUGUUGUUGUUGUGAGGCAAGAUGUGUUGUGUCGAGCAGACAUCCUCAUUCUGGAUGUGUCCCUCCGUAUCAGGAGGCGGAACUUCCACGCUCGCUGGACAUUUUAAGCCUCGUGGAGAUAAAGCGAAGAGGGGAAAGAGAGAAACCAAGAACAGCAAAACAUUCCUGGCUUUAGGUCAGUGCUGGGGAUGAAGCGUGCGAGCGUAAUUCCGGUCGAUCACGGAGGUCCCGAGAGAUUCACAGAGAAAAACCAGUACAGAAUGUUGCCUUUACUUUUCUUUUCUUUUCUUCCUCCUUUUUUGUACCUAAUUUUACCACAUAAAUGUUUUUGCCUCUGAGGCCAAGCUGAUAUUGUAUGUGUGUGUACGUACGUGUGUGUACGUACGUGUGUGUGUGUGCGUGCGUGCGUGCGUGCGUGCGUGCGUGCGUGUGUGCGUGCGUGUGUGCGUGCGUGUGUGUGUGCGUGUGUGUGUGUGUGUGUGUGUGUGUGUGUGUCAAGUUCAGUUUCCAUCGACGCCCAAGAUGAUGGAUUCUCCUUCUCGUCGGGUGGGAGCGAAAGAGGGAGAGAUGAUGAUGCUGCUGUUGUUGUUGUUGUAGUACAGAGGUUACGCCCGUCUGUCGACUCCUCUGUGGUUAACCACUCAAAAUGUCUUUUCUGCACCUCUCUGGUUUAACGUGUGUGUGUGCGCGCGCGCGUGUGUCUGCGUGUGUGGAGAGAGAAUGGCAUUUUCAUGCAUUUAUUGUAUUUUUCUCAAGAUAGUAUUAGAGAAUUAUAGGUGAAAUUAUUACGAUUGAGAAAUCCACUUAUUUUUUAAUUCUGAUGAAGAGUCAGGUGACCCCCGAUCUGUGUCUCUCGACCGGUCAAAUAUCACGUCAGCGUGGCGCCCGUUUACUCCCCCGGUGCCAAAAAAUGUCUAUUGUUCGUCAGAGAUUUCAUUAUGAAGUGUAAAUACAGAAUCACAAAUAGCUAUUAAUGUCUUGUACACUCCAUUUUCGUUUUUGUUGUUUCAUGUCGGUAAGACGUAACGUGUGCUUCAAAAGACGCUCAGAUGUUCGGGUUGAUAUUUUUGUCUGUUCAUGGUGUCUCACUAUAUUUUUGAUGCCUUGGAUGUAUUUUUAUUUUAUUUUUUAGAUUUAUUUUUUCUUUAGGUCCAUAUUGGAUGGAAGUCAGUACUUUGGAAAAAUUAAUACACACUUUUUUUUCUUUUUCUUUUUUGUUUUUUACGUUUGAGAGACUUGUAGUUUUAAAAAGGUUUUAUUGUGUUGUCUUCAAAAUGUCACAGAAAGCUUAUCUCUCUCCGUUCACUAAUUUAGAAUUGCAAAAAAAAAGGUAACGGUACAUUUUUUUCCACUGAGUUAAAGGUCAAAAAACAACGAGCUGGCGGUGGAUUCAGGGUUUGCAGCCGUAAGCCGUGCUGCGGUUCCGUUGCUACUUGAGACUGAAAGACUAAAAUCUUGCCAUUUUUUGUGUUCAUCUAUUUUGGGAGAAUAUUUACACCCCGCACGAGCGCAUUCAAAUCUCAAACUGAAACUGCGAAUAGAGAAGAAGAAAAGGGUAAUUUUCCUGUUUUCGUCAAUUUGUAUUGUAAUUUUCAGUCUGACCUCGACGUCUUGUGGCAUUUCAUGGCAAUCUUUAGAUCCAAUGCAGUCCUGCGAGUAUUUUUAUUUUCUUUCCUGGAGAGCUUUUAAACAGUAUUUACCAGCCAUUGUAAACACGUAUAUGUGUGUGUGUGUGUCUAUACAGAACACUCUGAACUGCAUAAAUUAAUGUACUGAAGGAACGUGUGUACAUCACCCCCCUCAUGUAUCAUAUAAAGUUAUCAAAUUGAGAUUUAUUGCAAUGUGAACGUGAUAAAGUCCAUUUUACACUUAAA